AUGGGAGAAAGAAAAGUUAUAAGUAAAUAUUAUCCACCGGACUUUGACCCAAGCAAGAUACCAAGGGCAAAGGGUGUAAAGAAGAGUGGAACGAUAAAGGUUGUUAUGAUGUUGCCAAUGAGUAUUAGAUGCAAUACUUGUGGAGAGUACAUUGGUCGUGGAACAAAGUUCAACUCGAGAAAGGAGACACUAGACGAUACAUACCUUGGCAUCAAGAUAUUCAGAUUCUAUCUACGUUGCAAGAGAUGCGCUGCAGAGCUGGCGAUAAAGACAGAUCCCAAGAACUCGGACUACGUCUGUGAGUCGGGUGCAACGCGAAACUACGAGCCCUGGAAGGAGACGGAGGAGGAGCGGACAGACAGGACUCAGCGCGAGGACGAGGAGAAGAACGACGCAAUGAAGGCAUUGGAGAAUAGAACGGUUGAUUCGAAGCGAGAGAUGGAGAUCAUGGAUGCACUGGACGAGCUACGCAAUCUCAAUUCAAAGAAUGCCGAGAUUGAUCAUGAACAGUUGUUGGAGUACAGUCUGAAGAAGCAAGAGGAGAUGGAGCAGGCGUUGGCCGAGCAGGAUGAGCAGCUGAUCAAAGAGACAUUUGGAAACAAGUCAUCAUCAUCGUCAACAACACUUAAUGUAAUCAAACGUAUUGAUGAGAUGGAUGGUCCAUUGACCGAUGACUUGGAUAACUUUGGCAGUAUCAAUGGCAAUGGCAAUGGCAGUGGAAAUAACAAGAAACCAAAGACUAGUAUAUUGGGAGCUGUUAAGUUAAACAUUGUAAAGACACAAUCAAACAACAACAAUGGCAACAAGAGAAAGACAACAGAUUCAGAGACAGUGGCGCAACAACAACCAACAAAGUCAACAAAGACUGAGACCAACUCAAACUCACUGGCAUCAUUAUUCCAAUAUGGCUCAGACGAAGAGGAUGAAGAAUAG